AUGGGGAGCCUUCCGAAUUUGCACGAGUUGGGUAAACUCGAAGGAGAAGAACAAGGCUAUAGACCAGGACCUGCCCUUGGACAUUUAUGCGGUGGUUGCAACGGCACCUUAACACAGGCUGAAAAAUCAAAGAUACUACACAGAUUUUCGGGGCAUAAUAGAAUCACCAAAGCUAGAAGUAACCCACAAGAAUCAAACAAAAUAAUUUAUGAUGAAUUUCCAGGAGAGCACUCAACGUAUUCCCCGAUGUCUGCAAGGUCGAGGUUAAAUCUUCAUUUACAUGGUAAUGUUAGAAGAAGAGAUUCUAUUAAUAGUUCAAUCGGAGCAACAUCAGUAAGAAGACUUUUGGCAGUUGUAAGAGGCGGGACUCACGGGGGACAUAAUGGACGAGGUGGCUGCGGUACAGCUUCCACGAAGAAAAUCCUGAUAAUAAAUCUGGUGGUAAUAUGUUUCAGUCACCUUUUUUCCACGGUGGCUUUUUUACCAUUCCUGGCACUCCAAAGUUCUGUUUCCGUUUGGUACCAACCAGUUAAUGAAGAUGUGACUACCAUUACUACAGGAUCUUUGUUCGUUGCUAGCAGUUUCGCUAUUGCAGCGGUUGUUGCUCUGAUUGCCCCUUGUAUUUUGAAGAGGAUUGAUGCUAGUGUUACUAUAGCUAUUUGCAAUGGUGCAAUGAUUUUAUUCUACUUAUCUCAUCUCUAUCAGUUUCUUUACGUGACAAUCCCAGCAUAUUUGCUCUUAGGUCUAAUACAGGGUAUGCUGACAAGUUCACAUAUAUCGUUUCUUCUUAUACUAUCGCAGAGGAUAACAUCACUAUUUCACGAGGAAGAUGAAGAAGGACGAUUGGCAAGAAGGACUGUUAUUGUCAGGAGGGUUGCUAGAGCUUUUCGGGGAUCUAAUGACUUUGGGCUGAUCGUAGGAUCUGUAUUAUCAGCGAUGCUUAUAACUUGUACAGUUAAUCUUAAAACUAAUGGACAAGUAAUGGAUAAUUCUACAUAUGUGUUAAAUGAUUGCCCUUUGAACUCCAGCUAUCCUCCUACACACUGCCAGAAUACGACAAACUUCAAUCCUUCGAGUUUGUACGAUUACAGCGCGUUUUUGGACGAUAUUUUCGACAAAUCUGAAGACGGACGGCUUUGUGGCGCGCAGGCGUGCCCAGUAUCCAGUUCGUCGACUAAUUCUACUCUGAUGACGGAGUCAGGGUUUCGGAUUUUACCUUCGAAGUCGGCAGACAUCUUAAUAGGAGUUUAUGGGGCAAUGUGCGGCGUAGCUUUAAUCCUCUCAAUUUUGGGUUUAGACAGAAUAAAGAUGCCCGUAUAUCAGGAUCCAUUGGAGAGGGGGGAGGCAAUGGCCGCCAUACGGGCAGUAAAAGAAAGUUUCAGAGAUCCAAGACUGCAAAUGGCUGCCCCAUUGGCUAUUUUUAUAGGAAUUGAACAAGCUUUUAUGUAUGCUGGUUUCAGCAAAUCUUAUGUCGUCUGCACAUUAGGAAUUCACAGACUGAAUUUAGUAUUUUUGGCUAUGGGUGUUCUACAAUCAAUAGCUGCUUGUACACUAAGUAUGUUUCUUAGGACAAUCAGAAGAUAUUAUGUUGUUGGUGUAGGAUUCACAUUUCAUGGCUGUCUCUUAAUGGUUCUUAUACUUUGGAACCCGACUGAAGAUGACCCUGCGCUCUUUUAUGUCAUUUCAGCUUCUUGGGGCGUCUGUAAUGCAAUUUGGGAAAUGCUGAGUUUCACUUUUUUGACUGGACAGUAUACCAACAACUGGGAAGCAGCGUUUGCCAAUUCGAUUUUCUUUAAAUUUUUGGGUCUUUCUCUGUUUUUCGGCCUUCACGGGCUUCUUUGUAACGUUUGGAAAUUGUACUCUUUAAGUUUUCUUUUAGUGGUAGCCGUUGUAUCGUUUGCUUGGUUGGAAGUUCGUCUUGAAAACGUGAGAAAGGUGAAGCACAUUACAAGAUUAUGA